AUGGAACAGCGAUCAUGGAAGUGGACAGAUGCCCAUUUCUGCAGUUUGCCAUCCCAGACCUCAAUAUAUGGGUGUACAAAAAUUAUGAACAAUAUUAAUGGUACAAACAAGCUACUUGUUGCCUCUUUAGUUGGAAAGUUUUUCACUAUUGAUUACCAGAGAAUAUUUGACAAACUGACACCAUCGACGAAAGAAGUGCAGUUUACAUACAUACCAGGGGAAUCUGAGAUUGUAUCUGUAGAUGCUACAAAUAAAUGUCGCCAUGGCAAUGGUUUAACUAUAGGAAUCACUUUCUGGAAGCUUGAAGAGAAUGAGAGUAAGCAGUUUCUACAUACAUAUUACGCUGCACAGUCAGGAGAAGAAUUCAACCUAGAAAGUGUAGCUCAGGGCUGUCAGAGUUUGGAGUUAAAUUUCAUGCCAUACCAUUUAACACAUACAGAGUUGAUUGAAGGCAAUAACACAGAGACGGUGUUUUUAUUGAGUGGAAGUGACAGCAAAGUACACCUGUAUAGAGAGGUAAGCUACCAGCAUAGUUUUAAAGAAGAAGACUGUGAAGAAUUUUUUCCAGAAUUCAAAAAUUUCACUUCUGUGUAA